AUGGAAGAGCAGCCGGAGGGGCAGAGCCAGCGAGACUCGGCGAGCAGCACGGCGAGCAGCAGCGGCAGCGAUGGCGAGAGCGUGCCCGUGUCGCCCAGCCCCGCGCCCGCCUCCCCCGCGGCGCCCCGCGCCCUGCCCCUGCCCCGCCACCACCGCCGCCCGCACCCGCCGCCGCCGCCGCCGCACCGCACCACCAACUUCUUCAUCGACAACAUCCUGAGGCCCGACUUCGGCUGCAAGAAGGAGCCGCCCGCGGCCGCCGGCGCGGCCGCCCGGGAGCGGGACGCCGACCGGGGCCAGAGCUCAGGUAGAGAAAACGUCAACCCGCUGCUGGCGCCGCCGCCGCCGCCCGACCCGCCCUCGCUGCUCUGCCCGGACUCCAGCUGCGGCCCCGACGGCCCCGCCGCGCCGCCGCCCGCCGCCGCCGCCCGGGCCAGCCCCGCCGCCGCCGCCGCCAAGCCCCCCGCCGACGGCGGCGACACUCACCCGGCCAAGUACGGCGAGCACGGCAGCCCCGCCAUCCUCCUCAUGGGCUCUAAUACUGGAGGACCUGUUAUAAAGCCCGACUCGCAGCAGCCGCUCGUGUGGCCGGCCUGGGUCUACUGCACUAGGUACUCAGACAGACCGUCCUCGGGCCCGCGCACCAGGAAGCUGAAGAAGAAGAAGAGCGAGAAGGAGGACAAGCGGCCGCGGACGGCCUUCACGGCCGAGCAGCUGCAGCGGCUCAAGGCGGAGUUUCAGGCCAACCGGUACAUCACGGAGCAGCGGCGGCAGAGCCUGGCGCAGGAGCUCAGCCUCAACGAGUCCCAGAUCAAGAUCUGGUUCCAGAACAAGCGCGCCAAGAUCAAGAAGGCCACGGGCAUCAAGAACGGGCUGGCGCUGCACCUCAUGGCCCAGGGACUCUACAACCACUCCACCACCACGGUGCAGGACAAAGAGGAGAGCGAGUAGGCGGCGCGGCGCCCCGCGGAGCCCUGCGCGCCGGCGG